GAGGAGUCGGAGGCGGAGAAGAAGGCGGUGGUGGCGGCUGGAGGAUCGAGCGCUGUUCUCGCUCCGGAGCCGCUGCACGGUUCGGUGUGGGAUGAUCAGAUGAUCACUUCCCAGUGAGGUUUUCCCUAACCACCGUAUUUCUAAUUGCAUACCCUCAGCAACUCUUCAGUCUCUGUUUUAUUUUGCUCCACAGAAUCUUCUGCAGCUUAUUCAUUGUAUGAGUAAAAACCAAGUCAUAUCCAUAAUUGCACUGAACUGGGCACAAGAAAACUGCCAUAUAUGUCACAGUAUACUGAAAAAGAGCCAGCAGCAAUGGAUCAAGAAUCCAGCAAGGCUGCCUGGCCCAAACCAGCAGGAGGAUAUCAGACAAUCACAGGCAGGAGAUAUGGAAGAAGACAUGCAUAUGUCAGUUUUAAACCAUGUAUGACCAGGCAUGAAAGAAGUUUAGGUCGGGCUGGUGAUGACUAUGAAGUGUUGGAACUAGAUGAUGUUCCAAAGGAAAAUUCCUCAGGUUCCAGUCCAUCGGAUCAAGUUCAUUCUUCUUUACCCAAUGACACUUUAUUUGAAAAAAGUGAAACCGAAAUUCCCAUUUGUGAUACAACAUUGAAUCAAACCAUUGAGAGCAGUCCAUCCUUUGCUGCGGUACAUCAUAGCGAGGAGGGCAGGGAGACUUUAGGAAGCAGUACAGAUCUUCAUAAUCACUCUGAGGGAGAAUAUAUUACAGAAGCUUGCAAUGCUUCAAGUGUACAAAAUGGAAUUUCAUUGGUUCAGACUGACUCUUAUGAUCCAGAUGGCACGCAUGGAGAGGCCAGUGACCGUCUUCAGCUUUCUGCAGAAGUUGUGGAAGGUGGUGGCUAUCAGGAAGCAUUGGGCAAUACAAUAUUUGAGUUGGCAAAUGGAGAGGUAGAGGCAUACACUGGUCUUUCACCACCAGUUCCCUCUUUUAACUGUGAAAUAAGAGAUGAAUUUGAAGAGCUAGAUUCAGCACCUUUAGUCAAAAGUUCUACUGGUGAUACUGAGUUUGUCAGUGAGAACAAUCAGGAAUUUCAGAGGUCCUCUUCUGAAGAUGAAGUUGUUAGAAAGAAACAACAAAAUGAUACUAGCCAGGAGAUUCAGAGAGAAAAUGCAGCUGAAGAUGCAGUGUGUGCUCCCGGGCAUAUCUGCAGUGAACAAAAUACUAGUGAUAAGGGAAAGAACCAGGGAAGUUUUCCUGAACAGGUAGUAAGGCCCAAAGUUAGAAAACUGAUAAGUUCAAGCCAGGUGGACCAAGAAACAGGAUUUAAUAGGCAUGAGGCUAAACAAAGAAGUGUUCAGAGAUGGAGGGAGGCUUUGGAAGUUGAGGAAAAUGGCUCAGAUGACCUAUUAAUAAAAUGUGAUGACUACGAUGGAGAACAUGACUGCAUGUUCUUGGAUCCACCUUACUCAAGAGUUACGCAUAGGGAAACAGAACAUAACCAAGUAACAGCGGAAAGUGGAGCCACAGCAGGAAGGCAAGAAGUGGUGGAUAACACCUUUUGGAAUGGCUGUGGAGAUUAUUACCAGCUGUAUGACAAGGAUGAAGAUAGUUCAGAAUGCAGUGACGGAGAAUGGUCUGCCUCAUUGCCUCAUCGGUUUUCUGGUACAGAAAAAGAUCAGUCAUCAAGUGAUGAAAGCUGGGAAACUUUGCCAGGAAAAGAUGAGAAUGAACCUGAAUUACAGAGUGAUAGCAGUGGUCCUGAAGAAGAAAACCAAGAAUUGUCUCUACAGGAAGGGGAACAGACAUCCUUGGAAGAGGGAGAGAUUCCUUGGUUACAGUACAAUGAAGUCAAUGAAAGCAGCAGUGAUGAGGGUAAUGAGCCUGCCAAUGAAUUUGCACAGCCAGAAGCUUUUAUGCUGGAUGGGAACAAUAACCUUGAGGAUGACUCCAGUGUGAGUGAAGACUUAGAUGUGGACUGGAGCCUGUUUGAUGGUUUUGCAGAUGGACUAGGAGUUGCUGAAGCGAUUUCUUAUGUGGAUCCUCAGUUCCUCACCUACAUGGCGUUGGAAGAACGCUUAGCCCAGGCUAUGGAGACUGCACUGGCACAUUUAGAGUCUCUGGCAGUGGAUGUUGAGGUGGCCAAUCCACCAGCCAGUAAGGAAAGCAUUGACGGUCUUCCAGAGACCCUUGUUCUUGAAGACCACACCGCAAUUGGUCAAGAGCAGUGCUGUCCAAUCUGUUGCAGUGAGUAUAUUAAGGAUGAUAUAGCAACAGAGCUUCCCUGUCACCAUUUCUUUCACAAACCUUGUGUCUCAAUUUGGCUACAGAAGUCGGGAACGUGCCCCGUGUGCCGCCGCCACUUCCCACCCGCCGUCAUCGAAGCCUCGGCAGCUCCGUCCUCUGAGCCUGACCAGGAGGCCCCCCCUUCCGCUGACAGCUCUGCAGAAGCCCCUUAAACUUUAACCCUUGAAUGAGAUCACUAUGUCUAAAAGUCAUUCUGCAAAUCCCUUCUCAAUCUGAUGUGCAAAUAAUUAUAUAUAAAUAAAUUUAAAAUCCUAUAUAUAGUCUAUACCAUAGUUUAGAAAGAAGAAUAUUAACCUUUCUAAACUAAAUUUAGGUUCGCAGAAAGUACUAAACAUUUUCAAGCUGAAUGUUGAAGCAGUGCAUCCAUUUUCUUUUGUUGAACAUGUUGGUAUUAAUUGUAAAGUCAAGCUUACCAGUUAACUCUCUCCAGAAGAAAUAAUCAUGUAUGUGGCACAUAUUACUGGUUUUGUCUGAAGUACUGCCACUAAGUGAUUAUAAUUAAAUUCUCCUAUUUGCAUCAAAUGUGAAGACUGUGAUCACAACAGUAGUAAAAUUUGGUUUCAUUGGAAAUAAAAAGUAUUCUAAAACGUGCUUUUUUCAUUGGUCGCUUUGCUUUUGCUACAUCAGAACCUCUUGGUUCAUAAUACUGAGUGGUUUUUUUAGGAAGGUGUCUACUCUUCCAUCUUUGUUUAAAAUUAGGACUUUUUAGAAUCAAAACAAAGGCCAAAAUUUUGGCUUAAUCACCACAAAAUUUUAAGAUUCUCAAUGUAAUCCCCUUGGAAUGGUUAGAUAGUAAAGUAACUUUUUUUUUCCUUUUCUUAGUGGUGGAUGUGCUUAAAGUAAGGUUAGCAAAGCAUGAGUGUUUUACUAUGGUUGGUGCUUGAGGUAAGGUUAGUAAAGCUUCUGAACAAUCUAGUGUGCUCAGUGUUUGGUAUGAUGAGGUGAAUUAGAUGGCCUUAUGAAAUCCUUUUUCCCUUUCCACCUGGUUACAGUUAUACUUGAGAACAUUCAUGGCACAUUUCUUAGAUAAGUCUUGUUUUUUUAAUUUAUAAAUUUAUAAAUAUGCUUGUUUAUAAAUUUAUAAAUAUUAGAUACAGUUUGUUUAAAGUAAUUUUGGUUCAGAAAUAUUUUAGAAAGUCUGAAGACAUUCAUCAUGUGUUUAAACAUUCAUUCUGUUGUAUCCCAAGAGGAAAUCUGAUCCUUAAAAAACUGGAAGGUUAAUUGUACCAACUUGUGUAAAGCAUAAAAUUAACGGGGUAUAGGACAGAUUUGGCCACAUCUUUUUAUAACAUAUCUAAACCUUACUGUGUUAUAAUUUAUUUCUUUAAAGUAUUCCUGAAUAAGGAUUAUUCAUAGUACAUUUGUUUCUUUACACUAAUUUAUUUUGAUAAAAUUAUUCACUUGGAAAUAAAUAAUAAAAAUGGGUUGUUUCAUAUUAAACCAAAUUAAGCCCUGGGUGAAAAAGGAGUAGGGUGAUCACCUAGUGAUUGUGAGCAGAACUGAACAUGUAACAUGGUUCCUUUCUUAUUUUCCUUUCUAUAAAAGAGAAAAGAAGACCCUGACCCCAGAUUUGCCCGCCAAAAGAGUUCCGUUCAGAUUCUUCUAUAAACAUGAGGAAAUGAGCUUUGGUUAGUUGUUUUUUUAUGGGAAAUUUGGCCUUUAGGGUCAUCCAUAAUUAUGUAACUCCAAAAUAAGAUUGCAUAGCUUUCCGUUUAGGUGAUCACACCCAGUAGGCAAAUAUGUAUGUACAAAGAUGGACAUAAUAUUUAACUUACAGAUGUGAUUUGCUCUCAGUACCAGAGAAUGAUAGGUGUUAGAAUAUCGCAUUUGAGCAAGUAAAAUUGUAAAGCAUGUAGCGAGUGUACAUCCAUCUGAGUAGUACAUUGGUAAUUUAGUUGGGACACAUAAAAGGAAUAUUUAUAUGGCUUCCCAAAUGCAAAGUUACAUUUUAUUUGUGUCAUUUCUUUGAGUAUUUAUAUUCCAUCUCUUUUCUUCGUUCUUAAAUGAAUUUUCACUGUUGGCACAUUUGAGGCUUAACUAUAAGGAACAUAACACUUGCAUUCUAAUUUUUGCAUAUAUUGUAAAUGUGUGUCUGGUAUUUACAGCAAAAUACUGUGUAUCCUUUUAUGGGUAAAACAAAACUGAACAUUGCAUGCAUGUAAUGUGGUGACUUUGUAAUUUAGGGGUUCUUUGGGGCUUCUGUGACUUUGGAAAUGCUUACAUUCAGGCCUUAAUGUUGCAUUAGCUAGCAUGUUUUCCUUCUGAUGUAUAUAGUCACUGUUGUAUAAACUAAUCUUUGCUUGUUUUCUACUCUGUGAUCUUUCCAUACCAUAUUUCAUUGACGAUCAGUGUCGAGGAGUCAAAUCAGAUUAAACUUAAUUCUCAUGUGUAUAUUGUGGAACUUCGUGGCUAGUGUGAUUUUUAAUUUGUUUUCUUUCUUUUUCUUGUUUCUUUUUUGUUGUUAUUUGUUUCCUUUAAGUAAUAUUGAUCAGUUAUGAUGCUUACUGGUUAAACUGACAUUGCUACAGAUUGCUCUGUAGUAAGCCACAAAUUAUAUUUAGGCAGUUUUUUUUUUUUUUUAAGAAUUUUUUUUUUUCUUAAAUUUGACAGACAGAAAUUACAAGCAGGCAGAGAGAGAGAGGGGGGAAGAAGCAGGCUCCCCGCCGAGCAGAGAGCCCGAUGCGGGACUCUAUCUGAGGACUGUCAUGACCUGAGCCGAAAGCAGAGGCUUUAACCCACUGAGCCACCCAAGCGCCCCGUUAUAUUUAGGCAGUAUUAAGGGACGUCAGUUUUCUUCUCCUAGUAGCAGCUGUCCCAAAGAAAAUAUUUCUUUUUUGCCUGUUAAGAUUUAGCUAUUAUAUGCCAGUUGUUAAGAGGUUUUGGUUCCAAACUCAACCAGUAGUGUUGAGAGCUGAACUUAAGAUAGCGGUUGUACUUUUUGCUUUCCAUCUGUUUCUAUCCUUCAUUCUUGGCUCCCUACUAUCUAUAAACAGCUGCUGUGAAGGAGAAAAGUCGAAUAAGAGUUGGCUUAAAAAUUUUUUUAAGAAAAUUGAAAUUUUAGGAUUUUCAUUGUAACAAGUUAAUAUAAGUAGAAGCGGAAAAGUUCAGAUACCAAAAUAUUGUUUGAUUCUCUGAAAUACUGUUUGGAUCCUUUUGGAAAAGUUAAGAAUAUAUGAAGGUAAAUUAGGAAUAAGUAUAAAUACUGAUAAAAAUAUUGUUUCUCUUCUCUAUGUUAAGUGACUUGAUCUAAUAAUUCUAUUUUUUUUAAACAUUUUCUUCUUCCUUGUAAUAUGAAUGCUGAUAUUUAAAGGUAGAUCCAUGUGGUUUUCUAUUGUGUUCCUUAAUUGUUUAUCUCUGAGCUAACUAACUCUUAAGAUUAUUUGUGAUUUGGAUUUAUAUAUAAGCUGUUAAAUAUAUAUGAACUGUUAAAAUGGAAUGCAAGUUUUCAAAAGCCCAGGUCUAAAUGUAAUGAUUGGUUUAUUGUUCAACAACCCUAGUCCAUCAUUUUCCGUGUAAAUCAUAAACAAUAAACAGGAUGUACUCAGUG